ACUAGCAUGCAUCUUAUUAUAAUUCAAUUAUUUUCUGUCGUAAAAUGCAAGCUUGAAAUUGUGCCAGAAACCCUCAAAAGCAGGGGGAUUUUAUACUUCUAGUUGUUGAUUUUAACCAAGCACUAGACCUUUUCAAAAACAGUGAGGUCAAAGUUCUACCCAAGAAAAGUUCUUGCAUAUAAUAAGACUUCCAAACUCAAACUUGAGGCAGAGCUUCCAUUUCUGUGUUAAUGGCAGCUGAAGAAACUAAAAGACCAGAGGCAGCUGGCAUUGAACAUGUUGCAGCCAUUUUUGGUGUUACAGGGCUAGUUGGGAAGGUGCUGGCCAAAGAGCUAAUCUCAAAAUCCAAAUGGAAGGUUUAUGGUAUAGCUCGAAAUCCGAUGAUCAUAUCGAAUCAGCAAUGUUCAAAUUUCCAUUUCAUCCAAUGUGAUUUGCUAAACCCUUUGGAAACCCAGCAAAGGCUCUCAUUGUUACAAGAUGUGACUCAUGUGUUUUGGGUCACUUGGGCAAGCCAAUACCAGUUAGAUAGCAUUGAGUGUUGUGAGCAAAACAAGGCCAUGAUGUCCAAUGUCUUGAAUGCCAUCGUCCCCACGGCCAAGGCAUUGAAGCAUGUUUCUCUUCAGACAGGGAUGAAGCAUUAUGUGUCAUUGCAGGGGCCCUUCGAUGAAGCAGAAGCUCGGUACUACAAUGAGAAUGGCCCGAGAGUGAAAGCAGGCUGCAAUUUUUACUAUGUGCUGGAAGACUUGCUCAAGGAGAGGCUGGAUGGUAAGAUAGCUUGGUCUGUACACAGGCCUGGUUUGUUAAUUGGUAGUUCUUCUAGGACUUUGUACAACUUUAUGGGUAGUUUAUGUGUUUAUGGAACCAUUUGUAAGCAUUUGAAUCUUCCCUUUGUGUUUGGAGGGACAAAGAAGUGUUGGGAAGAGACCUGCAUUGACGGCUCAGAUGCAAGACUAGUAGCUGAACAACACAUUUGGGCAGCCACCAAUGAUGAUGUAAAUGUACAAUCCACUGAUGGCCAGUCAUUCAAUGCAAUCAAUGGUCCAAGUUUCACAUGGAAGGAGAUCUGGACAGCACUUGCAGAAAAGUUUGGACUAGAAGUAGUACCCGAAAAUGCAUUUUCGGAGGACUUCUGGUAUUCGAAAGCAAUGGCUGACAAGAAAGAAGUUUGGAAAGAAAUUGUUGCAAAGGAAAGGAUGAUGAAAACUGAGAUGGAAGAUUUGGCCAAUUGGGCAUUCUUGGAUGUCUUGUUUCGUUGUCCGUUUAAGCUAUUGGGAACCCGAAACAAAGUUGAUCAGCUUGGUUUUACUGUAAGGUAUAAAACACUGGAUUCAAUCUUGUAUUGGAUAGAUUGUAUGAGAGAUGAAAAAUUAAUACCUUAAAAGCAUAUGCUUUUGAUGCAUUGUGGCUGAAUGUGUGGAGCACCACAAACUUUUCCUUCAAGAAAAAUGAAACUGGUGGAAGGCUGUACCUAUACAUGUUCGUUUGUUGGCUGCCUAUUUCUUGUUUCCUUAUUUUAUGAUCAUACAGGUUGUUUUGGGGAAAUUGAAUAAUACA